UCUGGCGAAUUUCUCGUGUCAUCGGUUCUGCCUCCGGGAAAAUCUCUUGAAAAAUAUCCAAUACACUAAGCAUUCGUUACAAAAAUCCAGACAAUAUUAUGCAGGGUCGUCAAAUCCAUAGCUCGUCGAAAUCAAAACCCAUUGAGUUCGUCCGCUGUGAUAUCGUAUACACAUGUGCCAAUCGCCGGUCGCACCCAUGGCCCAUCACCACUAUCCCGAAAAAGCAAAGACAUGAGGGGCAAUGAAAGAGGUCCGCCCUUCCCACGGAGAAAAGAGAAGGCCCAAUCACUCUCCCCCCACCGGGUCAACUCUUGAUCAGACUCUGCACUCACUCGUCGGUCUGCACCUUAUGAUCACCCCGCACCGCCUCCGCAUACGUUGGCGGAGCAUGCGACUCAUCCGAGGCGUGGUGGUGGCUGUUGGCCUGGCUGCUGCCCUGGCCACCACCACCGCUACCACCGCUAUUCUGGUUUUGGGGUUUGGGAGAAGGUUGUGCGGGCGGUCCCUGCGAAUCGACAGUGCCAUAGCCCCGUUGGGGUUGAAGCUGCGGGGACUGGUGCGAGACGUAGUAGUAGGUCACACGGCCACCUUCGACGUCGUCCCGGGUCCCAGACCGUGGGAUCGGCUCGUAGUUGGGAUCGUCGUAGUCGGGCUCCGGGUUUCUAAUAAUUACGUACCAGGCAUGGAGGAGUCCGGGGAUAUACCCCAGGCAACAGAGGGCAAGGUUAAUGACAGAGUCGGCGGUGCAUAGUCCUUUCUUGAUCCAUACUGUGGGUUCUCUA